GCCAAGGCCGCCAAGGAGGACUACUGCGACAUGGUCAAGUCUCGUCACCCCGAGGUGGAUGACCCCUUGAGCAUUCCGGUCGACGAGGAGUCGUUGGUCCUGUCGGGGCACGGGCGUCCGCAUGGCCGUUUCCCCUUUCUGAAUAAGGCGGUCAAGCCUACCCACUCCACGAGCUACACGCGUCUCAAGCAUACCCUCACCGCCGACAACCCCCAGCCUCGUCCACGGCCUGCUCGUCCACCCGCCUACGAUCCUGACUUCGAGGCGGCCUUCGAAGCCUGCAAUGAAGCGUAUCAGCAGGCCGCUGCCCAGUGGAAUAGGCAGAAUACGGCCUAUAUGUCGUAUAUAUCAGUAAGUCUGAAUCUUUCUUCUCGCGCAAGUAGAUGA